AACGAUGGAUUUUGUUGACAAAUACGGGUCGAGUGAUGAAGAAGAUGUCGGGACUAAAGAUAAUCAGUCUACGGCUGUCAUCCAGACAAUGAAAAUCAAUUCAGCACCUGACACAGGCUUCCAUGAUGUCGAUCCCACAGCACUCUAUACAGCUCCCACAGCAACCGAGCUUACAGUCAAUGUGCCCUACAGCGACAUGAUCCGACCAACUCUCGGUCCAGACAAUCCAUUCUCAGACCGCAAACUCGCUACUCAGAACAUCCUCACAGGUCAUGUUCAGCAAGAAGCCAUCUCAGAAAUGGACUUUCGCACACAACAUCGUACUUUCGAGAGUUACGGUUAUGCACGCGAUCCUUCGCUAAGCAGCUCGAAUCUUGCUGGGCAGACCGGCCAGGGAAUCAUGGGCACAGGUUAUGUUGGCAAUCUGGCAGCAGCAGCAGAAUUAGGCGGCGUGACGAUCCUCGAUCGCUUACCAAAACAGUACCGACCCAACAAAGACUUACGUAAAAAGAGAGAAAAGAAAGGAGAUGCGGGUAUUCUGGAGGGUGAGAAUGCAUACAAGGGGCCAUGGGCAGGCUAUGAUGGUGAUGGUAUUGGAGAACCUAGUGGUCUAGAGUCUGAUCUACAGGAGGAAGUCCAGAUCGCCAUGAACCCAACCAAGGCAGCCAAUGCGGCCAAUGCGGCAGCCAAAAAACUGGCCGCUGCACAGGUCGUCGGUACCGAAACCACGACAUUCCAUGGUGAAGCCGAGCACGAUUAUCUUGGAAGAACAUAUAUGGCCGUACCCCAGGAUGUGGAUGUAAAUCUGUUGGGUGAGCCUGGAACUCAGGAUUGUUUUAUUCCAAAGCGCUGUAUUCACACAUGGGAGGGUCACGCCAAGGGUGUCUCGGCCAUUCGAUUUUUACCAAAGUCUGCGCAUCUCUUGUUGAGUGGAGGUAUGGAUAACAAAGUCAAGAUCUGGGAUGUUUAUCACGAUAGAAGACUUUUGCGUACCAUGUCUGGACACACCAAGGCUGUGCGUGAUAUUGCAUUUAGUAACGAUGGACGAAAAUUCUUGAGUUCGAGUUACGAUCGCUAUGUAAAGUUGUGGGAUACCGAGACUGGACAAUGUAUCCGUUCAUUCUCUACCGGAAAGGUUCCUUACUGCGUCACAUUCAAUCCCGAGGAGGAUAAACAGCACAUAUUCUUGGCAGGUUGUUCUGACAAGAAGAUUGUCCAGUUUGACAUAAACACGGGUGAGAUCACACAAGAGUACGACCAGCAUCUGGGUGCUGUCAAUAGUAUUACUUUUGUGGAUGAGAACCGUCGUUUCAUUACAACCUCAGACGACAAGACAAUGCGUGCAUGGGAGUUUGAUAUCCCAGUCGUGAUCAAGUACAUUGCCGAACCUGACAUGUAUUCCUUGCCAGCCGUUACCCUGUCACCAAACAAGAAAUGGCUUGCAUGUCAAUCUCUUGAUAACCAGAUUGUCGUUUACGGUGCUCGCGAUCGAUUUAGAAUCAACCGUAAGAAACGGUUCGCAGGUCAUUUGAUUGCAGGAUACGCAUGUAAACCCGGGUUCUCGGCAGAUGGUCGCUUUGUGAGCAGUGGUGACUCAAAUGGAAAUGUAUGGGUGUGGGACUGGAAGUCAUGCAAGAUUCUGAAGAAGUUCAAGGCUCACGACAAGGUCGUAAUGAACACAGAAUGGCACCCACAUGAGAGCUCAAAGAUGGCAACUUGUUCUUGGGAUGGAAAGAUCAAGUACUGGGAUUAAGUGCAUUUGCAUAUCAAGUCCUUUCUUUUUUUUAUUUAUAUAUAUUUUUUUCUUUAAAAAAAAGCAACCAACCAACCAACCAACCAAACCUACCUACUAUCAACCAACAAUUGUUCUUUACAGUAUCGCAUUCUCUCUUCUUUCUUUCUUUCUUCUUCUUUUAAAUAUAUAUUUAUUUAUUUGUUUAUAUAUAUAUAUAUUUCACAACCAACUCACAUUCAAUAGUAAUAUACACAUCUAUAUAUAUAUAU